AAAACCUUCACGCAUCCCGUGUGUUUGCAUUGUGCUAGGUCAGCUUUUAUUUUCAUUGCUGCGUAUAUGUUGAUUGUCAGGCGAACGGAGGUUUUGAGGCUUCUGCAUGUAGCAAUGUGUCCAUCGACUUCAGGAACGGCCGGGACUUAACGCAUACCGCGGAGUGCUGCGCACACGUGCAAAAUAUCUGGACAUCAUGUUUAUGAUCUCGAUGACCUGGCUGGAGGAGACGCCCAGCCCCGGCGUAAAAGGAAGCCAAGGGCAGGCAGGAUGGCCAGGUGGAUCACCCACCAGCGAUGUGUCCGCAGCAAGGUCACGCCUGGAGGAGGCAGCACGGCACGAGGACUUGGAGGGCAGCUUUAGCACGCGAGCUUGGAGAGAUGCAGACAAGCCACCCAACCCCAACACAGAGCAGCGCAGGCGCAGCAUCAGCAGCACUCACAGCCCAGCCCAGGCUUCUCCCCUGCCCAUGCGCUGCUCAGACGAUUGGAGGUUGAAGAAGCUGCAUGAAGAGGAAGUGGCCACAUGGAGUCCUGGCGUGAGUAAGCAGGGAACCACAGCGGUGAAAACAUGGCAGCGAACAAAGGCUGAUUAGACCUCGAGGCUUGCAAGAGGUUCGGGUCCCUGGUCAGGUGAUGGCCGCUGAAGGUAUUGCAUCCUCAGUGGCAUCCUUUCGGUGUGUUGAGUAAUUACACAUCUACUGUAUUAUUACUAUUGUUGUUGAUACACGCUUUUCCUGCCAAAAGGCAAGAUACGUCCUGCAGACAAGUUGCAGUCCGCUGUAUACCUGGAGGUAAUUUCUGGAGGGAUUCUUUCUUCACUAGUUGGGCUUGGCGCUCAAAAUGCACUGUGCAUUAUGUGUUUGAGGUUUUAUUCUUGGCUAUCACUUUACCUAGAAUUUGCUCAUGGAGCCAGACUCGUACUUGACCUUUUUUGCGAUCUCCUUCUCAGCAGAGCGAGAACUCUAGCUGUUUGGUUAGGUUGCACCUUUCUCGGGACUGCUGAAAUAUAUGUCAUCCUUACAAAUAGCACUGUGAUGUUUUGAAGCAGAGAAUUGUGCACUGCUCUGAACGCGUGAAUUUUGAAGUCUGCAGCCAGGCUGUGCGCUGAUAUUGCUAAGAUGUGGGUGGGUUGCUUUGAAAUGGCCUCAAGUAUUGGCUAGUCUGCCGUUAAAAUACGAACAAGGAUUACAUCAGGGUGGUAUCAUGUGAUCACUAGAGUAGUACCGUACACUAAUUCAAUUUGUAAGUGCCACUAGGCAUGUUUACCCUGUCCUGUGCAAAUCAGUGAUCAGUAACAUCUGCUGAAUUCUC